AUGGGUUUUCCUUUCCAGAUCUCUGAGCAUGUUAUUCAGGCUCAGCAUGUGCGAGACUCGGUUCGUGCAACGGCAACACCAGACGCUAGAUUGAAGCUUUGUAUCAAACAGUACACACCGCUAGACAAUCUCGACCCCCAACCAGGCGAUGUCACUAUCAUUGGUGCACAUGGCACGGGUUUUGCCAAGGAACUAUAUGAGCCCCUGUGGGAAGAGCUUUUAGCUCGCGCGAAUACCGAAGGAUUUCGUAUUCGCUCUAUCUGGAUUGCAGACUGUGCGAACCAAGGCGCCAGUGGAAUUCUCAAUGAAAAUCAGCUAGGGGAUGAGCCAUCAUGGGCUGAUCACAGCCGGGACUUGAUCCAUAUGAUCAAUCAUUUCGGUGACCAGAUGCCACAACCCAUUAUAGGCAUGGGGCAUAGUCUGGGAGCAACACAACUAAUUUUCACCUCAUUAUUGCACCCUCGUUUGCUAUCCUCGGUCAUUCUAAUCGAACCAUAUAUCGCUAAAGCGCCUCGUCCUGUGGAAGGUGCCAAGAUGUUAGCACUAGCAACGCUCAGACGCGACAUCUGGCCUUCUCGUGAAGAAGCCGUUCAAAGGUCUCGCAAAGCGUUCAAGACCUGGGACGAGCGCGUACUGCAGAGAUGGGCUCAGUUCGCAUAUCGCGAGUUACCCACAGCCAUUUAUGAAUCCCCGAAUCCAGGCUCGGUCACGCUAGCAACAACAAAGCAUCAAGAGGUGAUGACUUACAAAUACAUCCGUCCUGGGGUAAACAGAUAUGUUUUGCCGGAAGAUACACCCGACCAGAAGGCUACAGGUGCACAACCGAAGCCACGCAUCUACGGGUCAGAACCCGUGGAGGCAAUGAAGCUGAUGCCACAAGUCGCACCGUCGGUGCUCAUUGUCAGUGGAUCAACUAGUAGCCUUUACACAGAUGGAUCCCAUGCCAACGGGGCACGCGUCGCGGGAACAAUGCCUGGGGGUAAUGGCGGUAUAGACGCUGGGCAGGUUCGACAUGAGGUGAUUGAGCAGGCGGGUCAUGCCGUUCCUUUUGAGAAGAUCACGGAAACCGCUUUGCUGGCAGGAUCGUGGAUUGCACGGGAGAUCGUGCAGUGGCAGGAAAAAGAGAGCAGACUUUCUAAGGAAUGGGGUGACCUUCCUUUGAAAGAAAAGACCACAUUCUCCAAGGAAUGGUUGGAGCUAGCUCGUACCCUCCCUGGUGUGAAGGCACGCUCUAAGAUUUGA